ACAGUAAAAAGAGAAAAACCUCGUAGCGAUAUUGAGAAUGGGGAACAGCAAAAAAAAAACAUUCAGUAUUGAUGGUUAGCUUCUCACAUCAACACGUGUUGAGAUUAUUCCGCGUCGUGUUUUUUUAGAAAAAAGGAAAGACAAAAAAAAUCCCUCAACAAAAAUUUCUUUUUUCUGUGUGUCCAAAAAGGAGAGAAUCAGAAUAUUUUUAUGUGAAAAGGAAGACGAGUAAAAAAAAUAAUAAACAGACAUAAAAAAGUUUAUUUUGGAUACUCAUAACAAAUUGUUUUGUGCGCCUUUGAUGCACCAAUGGAUUUGAUUGAUUACAAAAAAUUUAUAUACAGAGAAAUUAUUGUAUCCAAUGUGGAAUCGUGACUGGAUUGUUGUGGAUGAUUUGUUCUAAUGAGAAGAAGUCUAAAAAGGUCACCGAGUAUUGGAAGCAAAACAUAAAUUAAUUUGUAUCAGUGCCAUAAAUAGAAAUACGAAAGAAAUUUUCAAAAAAAAACAACCCAUUUAAAAGUGAAUCAAGUGAACCGCAUGGAAUCCGAAUGAAUUUAAAUUAGAUACAAAAAAAUUUAAUUGAACCCACCAGGAAUCACAGUGAUUUACAUAAAAUCUUGAGUGAAUUAAGAUAAAUCAGUUACAUUAGCAAACAACCUUACACAAAAAAUAAUUUAUGUGCAAAAAUAAUCCGAUGAGUCAUCAGUGCAGAAUCAAAAAUUGAAGUGAAUUGUCUAAGAAUAGAACAAAAUUUUCAUGUGAAUCACGAGGAAUUGCAGACAAAUUAGACUAGAUUUAGAAACAAAUAAAAAAAUUGUAAUUUCAAAUUGAAAAUCAAGGAAAAAAUUUGCAUGCAUGUGAAGUGAAUUUUAUUUUAUUCUCAAAAAAAAAACAACAAGCAAGAAAAAGUCAUCAAACAUAAAAAACGAGAAAGAGAAAUAAAAAUAAGAAAGUUAUGUCAAAUCGAGAAGAGAAUAAGAAGAAGACGAAGAUAAAUGAAAAAUAAAACAAGAAUGAAAAUGGAUAUACAAACAAAUCAGAAAAGAAUUGUGAAAUAAAUUAAAUUCUCUCUCAAGAUUUUUUUUGAUGUGUGUGAGAAAAAUUUAAAACAAAAAAAUUCAAAUUAGAAAGGAAUUUAAAUGUGUGAAUUUAAGAAAAUGACUAAUUAACGGUCAUAAAGAUUCAAAAAAGUUUUUAAUUUGUGCUAGAAUUUUAUACAGUUACAAGAAUUACAUUAGACAUAUAUUGAACUUAUCAGCUAAGAUACCAUGCUAAACUAAGUCCAUUCAACUCAAGUGACUCAUAAAAUAAAACCAUAGAAAGAACAGAACCUUACUAAGUGAACAUAUUCAACUAGUGAAUUUCUUUUUAUAUCGACGUGUAGCAUAAAUCUCACAUAAAUUUGUGAAUUAAAAAAUUAUUACUAAAAAGUGUUUAAUAAAAUAACAAGAAAUUAUUAAAAAAUUUUGUAAUAAAUAAGCAAUGGAUACAAGUUACAACAUUGGAAAUGAAAUGGAUGCAAACAUGUUUAAUCAGUACAUGUACAAGAGACCUGAUGAGAAUUUGGAUGUUUCAUUAUCUGUGCCACAAUAUAACGGACAUCCACCCCCACCUCCACAUGGUCACAUUAGAUACCAUAAUUUAAAUGAUCAGACACAAUUUCACACACCCUCAUUUGGAGAUGAAGAAUUUGACAUACCGCCGGGCGUAAUGCAUCCCCAUCAUCAUCAUCAGCAACCUCAUCAUCCUUCACAUCAUCAAUUAGAUCAAUAUCAAAUGCAUAGUCAAAUGGGUGGCCUAAUGAAUGAUCAAUAUAGUCAGCAUCAAUGGCAUCAACAUCCACAAGCGUCACCGGCUCAAGGUCCCGAAUCUCAUAUGAUGUCUGGAAAUCAAACAUAUCAUAAUUUACAUUCACCAACAAAUCAUUCCACUUAUCAUCACUUGUCUAGUCCAAAUCAACAAAUGUUAAUGAUGCAACCGCCACAACAGACCCAUCAACAGCCACCACCAAAUCAGCAUCAACAGCAACAGCAGCAACAAAUUCAACCACAAAUGUCACCGCAAAUGAGUGGUGGUAAUAAUUACAUUGGACAAUCACCACCGCAAACAGCGCCAAUUAACAGCCAUGAAAAUGGUUCAACGAGUGAUGAUAGUGAUGAAAAUAAUACACUUAAUGAUCCAAAUGCCAAUACAUUCAAACGUCCAUCACCAGACCCUUACAUUGGAAAUGAUUCACCAAAUCGCAAUAACAGUACAAUGAAGGCUAAAGCAGCUCCAGCACGUAAGCCGAAGACAUCGAAAAAGAAGAAGAAAAAGGAUCCAAAUGAGCCACAAAAACCUGUAUCAGCAUAUGCUCUAUUUUUCCGUGACACUCAAGCCUCAAUUAAAGGACAGAAUCCAAAUGCAUCGUUCGGUGAGGUUUCAAAAAUUGUCGCAUCUAUGUGGGACGUGCUGGCACCCGAUCAUAAAAAUGUUUAUAAAAAGCGAACGGAAGUAGCAAAGAAGGAGUAUCUAAAAGCUUUGGCAGCUUAUCGUGCAAGCUUAGUGUCACAGGGCACUGAAUCGGAGUCACAAUCUCCACCACAUCAACAACUUCAGCAGAAGAAUGUUACGGUAUCAACACAAAAUACACAUAAGAUUCAAAAUCAACCACCACCACCAUCAUCACAGCAUAUGCAACAAUCUAUGCCACCGAAUGGACCUCAUCGCAUGAGUCCAGGUCAGCAUCAUCAGAUGCCACCGCAGAGUUAUGUACCACAGCCAAUGCACAAUUAUCAACCAGCACCACAUCCUUAUUCACAUACACCCUCACCUUAUGGAUCACCUCAACAGCCAUUACUUUAUCCAAUGAAUCCAAAUAUGAUGCAACCUCCACCGCUUAAUGGAAUGAAUGGAAUGAUGAAUAUGCAGCAACAGCAACAACAACAACAACAACCAGGUCCGCAACAAUAUAUUAAUCAACAGGAGUAUCCUCGAGGGUAUUCCCCAUGUAUACCUGAGAAACCAGCCCCAGGGAUACAUUGAUCAGCAACAACAACAACAACAGCCAGCAUCUCAGCAGCAGUCGGAAAUGCUUGUCUUCUCUUAGAGAUUAUUUAUGUGUUUGUAAAUAUAGACGAUCGAGAAUAAGAAAAACAACAGAAGUAAAAUUAUGCAUAUAUAUAUAGACAUAUACCUACAUAUAAUUGGAAUUGUUAGGACGGGAAAAAUUUAAGCGAAAAUUUCUUCUUCACACGCUGUUCAAGCAUCAUGAUAAGGAACAACAUACUCUCAAAAAAGAAAAAAAAAACACAUAAAGAAAUAUAUUGUCCAUAAGCAUGAGGCUGUGUUAGAUGAAAAAACAAGGAUUUAAAAAAAUUACUACAUGAAAUGAACAUAAAAAGAGUAAAAGAAGUAAAUAAAAUAAAAACAUAAAAAUUAAUUAAAAUAAUUGAAUAAAAGUAAAUAAUUAAUAAAUUUAAAACAAUGAUAAGCAAACAAAAAAAAAUGAAAAUGAAAAUUGAGAAAUUAAGGA